GUGUGUGUGUGUCACAGAGAGAGAGAGAGAGCCCACCCUCUUCGUCCUUGGCAGCCCCACCUUCAAAAGGCGGCACUGGGUGGGGGAGACGGCUUCCUGGACUGAUGGGGUUUGUUCAGGAUGACCUGGAAGACUGCUGGACGGAUUCAUCUAUUGUUUUUCUAUUCUGUGGGAUUUCAAAACGUCUGUUGAACUUUAAAGACUGCAGCAGGGAACUUACUGUGAUUUACAGUGAUACUUACAGCGAUACAGACGUACGUUGCGCAUGAGGUAAGGCGUAAUGUAUGGGCGGACGCAUAUUUGACUAUUUUCCCUUUUCAAACUAUCUCACGCGACCCGGUCCGGUGUCUCCGGGACAGGCGAAUGCGGGACAGGGAGAGACGAGUCUCCCCCCCCCCCCUCUCACGUGGCGCACCGUGCGCACGCACGCCCAGGAGUCACGUCGGUGGGGUUUCACACACUUGAUUUCCGUUACGCACGAGGACUAAACACCAGGGCGAGAGUUGUUAUUGUUGAGUCUUUGUCGCCACAGGGGCAACGGGGGGCUGCCAGUCCGCGGUGUUCGGUAGAGGAACGGGGAUCACAAGAAACCCUCGAGACUCUUCGGAGAGAGGACCAGGAUCAUGACGGUCACGUACACUGCGCGCGUGGCAAACGCGCGCUUUUGCGGAUUCUCCAAGCUGCUUCUGGCGUGGAAGGGGAGCAUCUACAAAGUUCUCUACAAGGAGUUCCUCGCGUUCUUCGCCAUGUACACGGCCAUCAGUAUCACAUACCGUUUCUUCCUACAGGAGGACCAGAAGCGUUCCUUUGAGAAGCUGUCCAUCUACUGUAACCACUAUGCCAGCCUCAUCCCCAUGUCCUUUGUGUUAGGUUUCUACGUGACGCUGAUCGUGAACCGCUGGUGGAACCAGUACCGGAGCAUCCCGCUGCCGGACCGCAUCAUGUGCGCGCUGUCGGGGGGGCUGCAGGGCGGGGACGAGCGCGGGCGUCUGCUGCGCCGCACCCUCAUGCGCUACGCCAGCCUCUCCGCCCUCCUCAUCCUGCGCUCCGUCAGCACCGCCGCCUUCAAGCGCUUCCCCACCAUCGACCACGUGGUGGAGGCAGGCUUCAUGACGCGAGAUGAGCGGAAGAAGUUCGAGGGGCUGCAGUCCCCCUACAACAAGUACUGGAUCCCGUGCGUGUGGUUCACCAACCUGGUGGCGGUGGCGCGCUGCGAGGGGCGCAUCAAGGACGACUGCACCCUCAAACUGAUUAUAGAGGAACUCAAUAACUUCCGGGGCAAGUGUAGCAUGCUCUUCCACUAUGACAUGGUCAGUGUGCCUUUAGUCUACACGCAGGUCGUCACUCUGGCCGUGUACAGUUUCUUCUUCGUGUGUCUGAUUGGACGGCAGUUCCUUGAGCCCGCCCAGGCCUACCCAGGUCACGACCUCGACCUCUACGUUCCCAUCUUCACCCUGCUGCAGUUCUUCUUCUACGCUGGCUGGCUGAAGGUGGCUGAGGAGCUCAUUAAUCCUUUUGGGGAGGAUGACGACGACUUUGAGACCAACUGGCUGAUUGACAGGAACUUCCAGGUGUCCAUGAUGGCAGUGGAUGAGAUGUUUGGGGAUCUGCCCCUGCUGGAGAGGGAUCGCUACUGGAACGACUCGAACCCCAGACCGCCCUACACGGCAGCCACCCUGUUUGUGCUGAGGAAGCCCUCUUUCCAGGGCUCCACCUUCGACAUGACUAUUCCUAAGGAGGAGAUGCACUUCCAGCCGCUCGAGGAGAUCGCCGAGAACACGGAGGAGCACCGGGGGCGGAACCCCAACCUGCCACUCAUCAACCGGUUGCUAAGCGCCGCCCCCUCCCCCAGCGGCCUGAUGGGCGGGGCCCUGAGGCGGACCUCUGCCCAGCUGCAGCGGCUCACGCGCUCCGCCAGUCCCGACCCCUCCUACUCCGAGGAGGACGAGGGGGGCAGCGACAGGGAGGGGGUGGGGGGCGGGUCCCUGGGCUCGGGGUUGGGACAGGACACACUGAGCACGCUCUGUGGCUUCCUGGGCGCGGCCAGCAGCCCGAACGUUGCCGUGGCGACGGUGAGAUUCGACGGGAUAGGUGACGGAGAGGAGGAGGAAGACGAGAGGGACGAGAAAGAGGCGGGGAGGAGGAGAGAGGUUGGCGCGGAAAAACGGGUGUUGGUGCCACUGCUGCCCCCUCCUGUCAGUCAAGUCCCUAGCAAAUGUCUUAGUCGCCGUGGCAACACACCCUCCACCGUCUUCAAGGCCCGCCUUUCCUCGGCCAAUCGCUCCACCCCAGACUUCCUCUCUUUCCAGCCAAUCACCAACAGGGCUAGAGUCACGACCCCACCCGUGGCUAAGCCAAUCAGCUGCAACAAAGCCACUGGCAUAUCCUUGCUCACUGUGCCCUCGUUUGACACCACGCCCGCUGUUUCCAUGGGUGACGUUGCCACGGCGACUGUGGCGGGACAGGGAACUCGCUCCCGCAGCGUCAGCAUGGGCUCCUCCGACGUGGGGGCGUCGCCCUCAAAGACUAUUGGCUAAUUCUGUUACCAGAGUAACGGACAGCGCAAUACAGAGCAAUAAUGCACAGAUGAAUACUCUACGUGAUA